AUGACGUGCUUUCAACUGUUCCUUCUCCAACCACUCCAUUUUAUGCUCGUGUUGAAUCAUAGCAUCAGCCGUAUUCCUAUCGACAAUCGCCUCCGUGAGCACACCGGUUUCCGAUGCGUACGCCGAAGCUUGCCAUCCGAUGACCAGUUUACUCAGCUCUCUUCCACUCAUUCCGCUCGUCUUUUUCGCAAUCUCAUUGCAUUUUUUCACCCAAUCGAAACUGUCGAGUUUCAGACGUUGAGAACGGGAACCACUUGUUGCUGGCACGACGAUGUGCUCGUUGAAGUAUUGGAGGAGGAUACGCUCGCGUUCUUCGUUUCCGGGAAGUGUGAACUCGACGAGUUGAUCGAGACUGAAAAAGAAUUUAAUGGCUAA